CGGCACAGAGGCAGCCUGCAGAACCCCAACAUGCGCAAGCGGGUGGGCUUUGUGUUAUGUGGGCUAUCGGAAGCCAUUCUUCUACUGGAUGCCGUGCUGGCCAUGAGGCGUGUCCUGGUUCUGAUUAUCGCGCAGCUAGCGACUGCAUAGCCGCGCCAGCAAGUGCUCGCCUGGAUGGCGGUCGCCUUUCUGUGUCUUGCGCUGCAACUCGCUGUGUGGCCAUUCGACCGCGGCAGCAUGGACAUACUGAAUCGGACCGAGUUGCGAGGGCUGCUGAUGUGGUUCAUGUCGUUGUUCGGCAUGCAGUAUCUGGUCAUAGCGACGCCGAGUUUCCAAGUGACGAUCGCCUUGGUCGUAGCGGUUAUUGGUGCCAACCUGGCGCACUACAUCAUAUUGGUGGCGCAGAUUUGUCGGUUUGGGCUGCUGCAAAUGGGCUACAAAUACACGGCACUCACCGAUCGGAAGAAGGGCAUCGGUAGGCAGAGUCUGCACGAGUGAGUCCUCUCAUCUUGUUGCAGCUCGUAUGAUGCCUCUGUCUGUCUGCCUGCCUUUGUCUCAUAUCGUUUCGUUUCAGCCCGCGUGAUGUCGGGUUGUGUGACUGGCCCUCUGGUGUCUUGGCUUAUUCGCAGAGAGGAGGACAAGCGGCGAAUCUCGCCAAAGGUCUUCUACGACUGGUCCGGCGCGGCCUUCUCUGCCGACAGCCCCCCUGAUGCAUCGGGGUGGUGCCAUCCGUCUGUCGACCGUCCGGUGCAUCGUGUGGUCACCGCCAUGCAGCUGACGUCAGCCGCCGUGCAGGACGCCAUCGAGGCACUCAAACUCACACACGUCCCCAGCGACUUGUAA